CAAACGUGACAACAUUUAACACAAAACUUGACUCUUGCUCCUACAUAUCCCGCUCCAUUCCUCCCUCAUCAUGCAUCAAUUCCAAGUGUGUCAUCACCACCACCACCACCACCUUUCCUUGCUCAAUUCCCAUCACUGUAACCAUGGAGGGUUGCAAAAACUCCCCUCUGAAACCAUGGAAGAAAGGCCCCACAAGAGGCAAAGGUGGCCCCCAAAAUGCUUCCUGUGAGUACAGAGGUGUGAGACAAAGAACAUGGGGCAAAUGGGUGGCUGAGAUCAGAGAGCCUAAGAAAAGAUCAAGACUCUGGCUUGGCUCCUUUGCCACAGCAGAAGAAGCUGCAAUGGCCUAUGAUCAAGCUGCAAGGAGACUCUAUGGCCCUGAUGCUUACCUCAACCUCCCCCACAUGCAACCAAACAUCAUCAACUCCACCAAAUCUCAAAAAUUCAAGUGGUUCCCUUCCAACAACUUCAUCUCCAUGUUCCCCUCACGUGGACUUCUCAACCUCAAUGCUCAACCGAGUCUCCAUGUCAUCCACCAGAAGCUGCAGCAGUUUAAGCACAAUGGGGUGCCUGCACCAACUCAACCACCACAUUCAAAGGUGGUGGAACUUGAGAACUUGGUCAGCCAAAACCAUUCAGAGAUUCUCCCUUCACUUCCCCAAGAUUCUCAAGCUUCACCGCAAAAAGUAAAUGGUGAUUUUGAGGAGAAACGUGAGAUAGACCUGCUUGAGUUUCUUCAACAGAUGGGAAUACUAAAAGAUGAGAAAACUGAUAGCUCGGGAAGUUCAACAGUGUCAGAAGCUGCAUCAAGAGAUGAGAAUGAACAACCAGGAGUGUUUUCUGACAUGAGUAGUGUUAACUGGGAGGAACUGAUUGAGAUGCAUGACCAUGAAGUUGUGUGUAACUAUCUUGCAUCAGAAGAAAUUCAGUUUGAAGCAUAUGACACAAACGAGGAUCUUACUUUCUCCUCUUCCAUUUGGAACUACUAAGUUACUGAAGAAAAUACACCUACUUUACAUAGGUUCUGGGUGGAUCAAGUGUUCAACCAAUGUUAUGGCUAUGAUCAGAAGGUGUUGGACUUUGAUUGUGUCUUUUAGGAUAAAAUUUCUUUGUGUUGGCAGCUAGCAAUGUUUAGAGGGAGGGAAAAUAGUUUAUCAUAGAAAAACGGAGCUCAGUUUAGUCUUCAACAAAAAGGAUUUUGGUUAAAAAGGUGUAGCUUGCUUUUGUGUUUCCUUCAUCUUAUGUUUUGCUCUCUCUUAACUCGAAGAUCACAAUUAAGCAUGUUUUUGA